AUGGUCACAAUGCCACGCUUCAUCAUGAUUAAUGUCAUGUUUUCUGGCAUUCGUUGCCUUAUCGUUCAACCUGGACGCUUGCUGGUCAGUCUGUUGAGCAGCAUCUUGCUUUUCCUGACCCGGUCCCUCUUCUCCCCCCCUGCGAUUUUGGUCACUACGGUCCCGACCGCCAACCCAAUCCUGGGGGCAGCGUUCAUUUGCAUAUCGCUGGCAGCCAUUACGUCGCCCGUCCCUUUGCUUCUGCUCGCCCGCGAUCUGUGGAACACGACUUCCAAUCUCAGAGUUGUCAGGAGCUUCAGACGAGCGGUUGGAAACAAGGUCUUGAGCAGGGCAUUGGAACGCCUUCCAUUCGCCUCACGCUCGAAAGGUACCACNNCACGAGGAUCUCGGGAUCCCAAGCAGAAGGACUACAAGGGUGCCGAACGUCCGAAUCGCACGGAUUCUGGAAAAGCUGACAAAUUGCAGGGCAAAGAUGACAAAGGAGCUGCCACUUCCUUUGCUCCGCCCUGCUUCGUCUGCCUCGAUAAGCCCUCCAGAUACAUCUUGGAACCAUGUGGGCAUCGGGUCGUGUGCGGAGACUGCGCAGUGCAACUUGUGGAUGCGGCUGCGCGGACUCGCACUGCUACAGAGGCUGACCGUGGCGGCGAUCGAGGAG